CCAGAAGCAGAGACAGAAGCAGAGGCAGAAGAGGCAGAAGCGACCGAGAGUCAGAUUAUCCAAUCAGCGAAUUAACAGACUUUCCAGCCAUGCGUUGUGUUGUGAUGGCAAUAAAAGCGAUUUUGGCUUUCAUUAUUUUUAUUUGAGAAACGCGUACUGAAAACGUCCAAAAAAAACUGAAAUCAUCGCGUUCUUUUUAUGUUUAUUUGUUAAUACCAAUUUGAAAAUCAAAAAACGCCUUCUUUUAUUUUAUUUUAUUUUCAAAUUAAGUUGUAUUACAUAUACUAGUUGCCAAAAAAUAAUGUCUGAAAACACGGGAGAGGCUUUGUCUGCGACCGUCAACGGUACAGGGUCACAAUCGCCGACCACAAAUGUCCCAACAGCAGGGUCAAAACGCGAACACACCACACUGCUUUCAGAACCAGCCGAGCCGCGAAUGCCGCCCACCACAGAUGAAUCCACGGCGAGCAAGCGGCCACGACAUCAUGCAGGGAUCGUCAGCGGCCACAACUCAGCCUCGGCCUCAGCCUCAGCCUCUUCGGGCGAAGACAGCGAGGACAGCGAGUCGGAAAAUAACUUUGAGCCCCCGCGAAUCGGCGCUGGCAAAAUGGGCGGCGGCGGAGCAGGGAAGUCCCACGCUCUGCAUCGCACAUCCGCCGGCAAAACAGUCGGCGCAGGAAAACGGUAUAGCGCGCCACCAUCGCGCAACUCGCCAGCAAACUCGUCCGACGAGGAGUCGGGGCCUAGCAACAGCGAGUCAGACUCGGAAGGCUUGUCCGACGGUAAUAACAACAGAGGCAGCGGGGCGAGGAAAUCCACCGCUCCGGUGCCUUUCCCGCGGGGCGGAGGCAAGGGCGGCGGAAAGAUGUUUUCAUCAAAGAUGCUCGCGCGCAAAGCCCUGUCUACCAGCCGGCACAACACCGACUCAGAGGAGUCUGGCGGCGAGAGCGCCAGUGACGAUGAUGAUAGGCAGAGAGAGGCGGCUGCUGCUGCCGCGGCGAGCAGGGAAUCGAAGAAGAAGCAGAGGGCAGCGGCGGCUGAUGCAGGCAGCAGGCCUCAGACGCAGAGCACGCCCGUGAGGAACGAGGCGCUGCAGCAGAGGGCUCCCCAGCCGCCACCAUCAACGCAGCCACCACCACAGCAGCAGCAGCAGCAGCAGGCCGUCGCGCCAGUCUUGGAGACACCCACUCCCGCGGCGACUGGGACCGUGACACCGGCAACAGCGGCAUCUGCUGAAAAGCCAGAGUACGUGCUCAAAUACUCGCUCGUCGGCCACCGCGAAGGCGUGUCUUCGGUGAAGUUCUCGCCCGACGGCGACUGGCUGGCGUCAUCGUCCGCAGACAAAACAGCAAAGCUGUGGAACGCCUACAACGGCAAAUACGAUAAGACGCUGGAGGGCCACUCGGGCGGCCUCUCGGAUGUGGCCUGGUCCUCGGACUCGCGGUACCUGGCAACAGCGUCCGACGACAAGACCGUGCGCAUCUGGGAUCGCGAAUCCGGGCGCACACUGAAGGUACUGCGCGGCCACACAAACUACGUCUUCUGCGUCUGCUACAACCCCAAGUCAACGCUGCUGGCCUCCGGAUCAUUCGACGAGACCGUGCGGAUCUGGGACGUGCACAGCGGCAAAUGCAUUCGCACGCUGCCAGCGCACUCGGAUCCGGUCACGGCGGUGCACUUCAAUCGCGACGGAACAAUGAUUGUCACGUGCAGCUACGACGGGCUUAUCCGCAUCUGGGACAUCACCACAGGCCAGUGCCUGAAAACCAUCGUGAACGAUAACAACCCACAAGUCGCAUUCGCAAAGUUCUCGCCCAACAGCAAGUACAUUCUGGCGGCCACCCAGGACAGCACACUGCGGCUGUGGAACUACCAUACGGGCAAGUGCUUGAAGAUGUACAAGGGCCAUAAGAACUCGGGGUACUGCUGCUUCGGCACAUUUUCGGUGACUGGCGGCAAGUGGAUUGUCUCGGGCAGCGAGGAUAAUUGCGUUUACUUGUGGAAUCUGCAAAACAGAGAAAUCGUCCAGAAGCUUGAGGGGCAUACGGACGUGGUCUUGUGCGUGGACUGCCAUCCGCUGAAAAACAUUAUUGCUUCGGGGUCGCUAAAGCAGGACAAGUCGGUGAAGAUUUGGAAGUACGACUGCUGACGCUGGCUAUGAUGAGGCUGAUGCCACUGAUAAUGAUGAGACUGCAGAUGUUUGUCACAAGUAAUUUUUAUUUUUAUUUUACUCUUCACAUUCAUUUUAAAUUGUUUCUAAAAAACAGAAAAUUAUCAUUAGGAGGGUAUCCUCCUUGGAUUAA